CCACCGUGAGCAACACCAUCAGUGCAUACAGUGAGAAAUAGCAGGUAGUUUGCAUAUUACCAUUAUUGAACCAUUAUUUGCAUAUGAAUAAACAUUGACGUACAAGUCUGUGUCCACGGAGAAUGUCUAAUGUCAUAUUAAGUUCAAAUCUGAUAUGAGCAAGAUUUGGGAUUUCCCAGUCAAGUAUUUCCAGUCCUGGGAAAAACCACGGUUGCGAAAUCACCAUUGCAGUGUAUGGACGGCCGCUUGUAUCAAAUCAGAGUGUCAACAUGGCUGCCGACUAGGCAUAUUGGAUAUAAUGUACACACAAAUACCUGUAUGUACAUAAUGCACGAGGUUUGUAAGUCUGUAACCAUUUAUAUUAUAGCGUUGCUCCACGGACAUUUUCUAAGUGAGAAUAACGGGAUCGUGAGCUCAAGAACGUCUUGGACGAGGAAGAGUCGGGUUUUAUCAUCGAGGGAUUCGUCGUUGAUUUCACAAUGAAGUGUCGUAAUUGUGGCGUUCAGAAACUGUCAAAUGAGUUCCCGCCAUGGACCAUUAUGGAAGAAUGCAAACAUGCCCCUCUCCAUUGUCUUAGGUGCGUGGUUUCCCAUGUGGAAGAACAUGGCGAGUGUUCCCAGUGUGAUGGCGAAGUGGGUCCAGAUUCCAUCCGUCUCAAGCGAUGCCACAGCCAGCUUGAAGCCAUGUUUCCAGAGUGCAAGCUGAACUACGUCCCCAAGGCGGAAGGAGCACCUACGCCCAGUGGGAAGGGCUUCAUCAGCCUGGCCAUGCUGAAUGGUGACAGUGCAAGUGUACAGCUGAACUCGGCCAUGACGGUGUCAACAUUGAAAGCAUACGUGAAAAGUAAACUUCAAGUUCCACUGGAGAAUCAACAGCUCAUUUAUAAUGGGACUGAAAUUAAGGAGGUUACUGAUACGAAAGCUACAGCAACACUGGGAUAUUAUCAAGUUCAGCCGAAUUCUACCAUCCACGUGAGAAGACUCCUCUACUCGGCACCUAAAGACCUUGAUAAAGUGGUUUUUGACCUUAACUGGGGUUAUCCAUAUCAUGGGCGUGAUUAUUUAGAUGCAAGUGUUCUAAUUUUUGAAGGGAUCAAAUAUGUUGGCGUUCUUGACUAUAACCACACCAGUUUCCCACCAGCCAUGCAACAUUCUGGAGAUCUAAUGGAUGAUUUCAACUGCACAGGUCACCAUUUGAUCAAUGUAGAUCUCCAUAAAAUUCCCGCAAAUAUCACCCAUUUCUUCUUCACUCUGAGUGCUUGGAACUCCCCCACUGUGUCCAGUUACCCAAACCCCAGCCUACGGUUUUACAAACAGUCUGAGCCGGGCAAGAUGCUGUGCGAGGACACUAUAACCAAACUGAAUUACUCUCAGGCCAUCGUAAUGGCGUGGAUGACCAGACAAGGCGGCCACUGGUGUGUCUUUAGCGCUGGGAAGCCUUCAGCCGGUAACGCGAAAAACUAUAGUUGCCUGGUGUCGACAAUACAAGGCAUUAUUUCUAAUGGACUGUAAACCGUGUAAAAUAAAUAAACAAUGGAUAGUCAUACAUUCCCACCCCAAACAUAUUGUCUGUUAACCUGAUAAACCAUGGGGCAAUUAAUCGUUCUCCUCUUGAUCCCCUCUUUCUGUUGGUCAAACUAUAGACCAGACCUCCUUCUGUUAUAUAGACUCCCUGAUUUCAAACUGUAGAUAUAAAACAAAACAAAGGUGUAUAUAAAGAUUAUAAAUUGUACUGUAUGCAGAGAUCAUUGCCAUUUUAUUGGUGGAACACUUGUUGUUUGAACAUGCGUCGGCCGCGAUGCUCCAAAUUUUAUCUUGAGUCCUAUAUUGAUAAUUAAAGGACGAUUGGUAGAGCCAUAACCAAAAACAUCUCUCUUCUGCUUGUUUGUCCAAACGAGGCACGGGUCGUAUCACGGUAGACAAGGUUGGUGUGUAUUUGGAGUCGUCCAUUUUGUUUCGAAUGGUUUUUGUUGUUUAAUCUUCAAAUCUUCAGACUUGUGAUUUGGAAGAGAUUCCCUUUCUAUGUUGUACUUAUUUGUUGUACUUAAAAUAAAAAUGGGAAGAUCUUAUAUGUAUGAUUUAUGUAAAACAAAUAUUGAAAGUAUAUAAAAGAAUUUGUAAUUCAUAACAAUUGAAAGUAUUUCGUUCGUGCGUUGUCACAGAAUAUUUAAACCCCUUUGCGAAGUCUGUUCACUGUAUGGGCUCGCCCCUUUGGAAUCGAUUAAUUUAAUAGUCUAUUUUACCUCGCGAUUGCAUUAGGCAGAAGUGCAUUCAUGCAUGCAAUAAUUAAUUUGUUAAAUAGUAAUACCAUAAAGUAAAUUCAAAGUAUGUUUCAUUAUUUACAAGGUUGGGGCAUUCAUUGCUUAUCAUUGCUACCAAUCUAAGAGUGCACUGAGCCGUUUGAAAUGGUUAUUUGCCAAUAUCGUCGAGAAUAAACCAGUUGCUCAUUCUUUCAA